AUGCCUUUCUUAGGACGGGACUGGCGUGCUAAUGGAGAACAAUGGAUUAAAAGUGACCUUGGAUCAUGGGAACGGCAACGGAGUUUAUCAUUUAGUGGAUCGGUUGUUCAACUUCUUUCCAAAGAAAAACUUGGUGAAUUAAGUGGUAAUGCUCAAUCGGCAGUGUUUAAAAUUUUAAAACAAAUGAUAGACAUGGUGAUUAAAACCGGUCAAAAUAUAUCGAUAAUUCAACGUAUUCUUAAUCAAUUUCGAAAUUCAAUUAGGGAUUCGUAUCCAUAUUUUUAUUAUAUUGGAAGUGAACAAUGUUGGCGACGAAAUAUUCAUACACUUACUCGUAUGCAAGAUGCACUCAAGGAAAUUGAAGCUAGUUUGACAAAAACAAAUAAUGAACAAGAUUCAUCAGAACUACCAACUUUGGAUUGUCUUCCAAUUGAAAUGCAACGUGAAAUUGUUCGACGAUUAGAUAAUGGAAAUGAUAUAAUCAAUGUUGGAUUAUUAAAUUCUAAUCUUUAUCGUGUAACCAAAGAAAUAUUGAUAUGGCGAGAACUGUGUUUGUUUCAUUUUGGUGUGAAUGAAAAUAUACGUGAAAGAAUAAUGAAACUUAUUCAACAUAACGGUGAUGAAAACAAUUUUGAUUGGAAAGAUGUUUAUUUCAGACUGAAAAGACGAUACGGUCAUCGAGAAGUCUAUGCCGAAAUGAUUCAUCAGUGUCAAAUAUGUAAAGGUUUAUAUUGGCAAGAUUCUGGUCAUUUAUGCUUAUAUGAAAUGGCUGAUAAAAAUCCAUCAUCCAUACCAAUUUCACCUACAAAACUUGUAUCACUACUUGCACAAUAA